AUGUUCGCUCAUGCGGCUGAGUGUACCGAAGACGACUUCAUCACGAUUUCAGAAGUCUACCGUCAAGCCACGGCCGACGGAACUGCUUCGUGUCCGGAUUUGACGGCGGCGCCGGAUGCCGCCGACUACUGCAGCUACACUGAGUGUCUGAGAUACAUGACCAGCAUGCUCGACGAUCUACCGGACUGCACAAGUGCCGGCGUCAGCAUCAAAGAAGGUCUACAAGCUGCCAUCGACAUCUGUGACGGCGGAACCACCGACAUACUCGACACCCACUACCGACACGUCUUCGAGUUCUACAUCCGCGACCAACACUGCGUCUUCUUCCAGUGCGGUCCAACCAACGGUCUCUCCGUCGGAUUCGACCACAAGCGACAAGAUCACGGCGGACGCGGCGUCGGGAAGCUCGUCUGCUUCGUCGAUUAG